GAAGCAGAUCUGCAAGAACCCCACUGCAAAAGCAAAUUCCUAAGUUCAAUCCCCGGUCGCAUCGCACCCAUGGACGACGUUGUCACCGACGCGCCGCCGCCGUCCCGCUUCUCCCCCGACGACCUCGACAACUUCGCCGUCCCCCCACCGCAGCCCACCCCCAUCCUAGUCGUUUCCCCCAACCCUAGCCCCGCCCCGCGCCUCCUCAUCGUCCUCAUCUCCCCAACCUCCCUCGCCCUCCUCCCCUCCCCGCCGCCGCCGCUCCACGCCUCCCUCCUCCUCCCCGACCUCCCCCUGCAUCAAUCUCAACCCCCCAUCCGCGUCUACCUCCACCCGUCCUCCGGCACCCUCCUCGCCGCCGCCCACGGCGCCGUCCCCGCCCACCGCGCGCGCGCCGCCGCCAGGAGCCUCGUCUCCGCUCUCCAGCCGGAGGAGGUCCUGGUCCUCGAUGCGGUCCGCAGCGGGGCCUACAGGGGCAUGCUCGCCGCAGACGAGCCGGUAGAGGGGAAGCUGGAGACAAGGGCCGCGCGCCGGAGGGGCGGCGUGGGCGCGGCCAAGGGCGUCGCGGUGCUCGCGCCUCCUGGGAGCGUCAUGGACGGGCUCGGCGCGGCCGUCAUGGCGGAGUGCGAGAUCCGGGGAAGGGCCGCAAGCAUGGUGGUGACUUGGCCGGCGGCCGCCAGGCCUUCUGAUUUCGGUGUCAUGCGUCGCGUGGCGACGGAGCUCGGCGUCGAUCCGGUGAAGGCCGCGGCCAGGGUGUCCGGCCGGGCCGAGUUGGGCGCACUGUAUACCUAAGAUACUUCCUUUUUUUACUUCUCAGCUCAUGGUUCGUCAGUUCUGUUGUUUGACAAUUGUGUUUGACAAGGAAGUUGGAGAAAACUUGUGUAUCAGGAAUUCAGGAUUCAGCGGAGAUGAUUUAGCGUUCGGGGCAAUGUAUUAUGGAAUAUUAUGGCCACGCAAAUUAGAAUUUACUACAUUUGUGUUGUUGCCGUGUUUGCUC